CAGUUUAAUAAAAAUAUUCGAACGUAAUGGUCGUUAAACUCCUAGUUAAAAUUUUAGUGGGCUUUUUCUGCCUGUUCGGUUUUGUUAAUCCGGUGAUUUAUGGCGAUAACUUUGGGGAACUACUCGAAGCCGUGAUUACUCAUCUGCAGUGUGGUGAUCCGGAUAACCUGGACAACUGGACUAAGGACAUGAGCCUGGCACUGAGAAGAGAUCAACAGCAACGCCUGGCCUGGAAUAUUCCGUGGGUGGAAAUCCAAGACAAAGGAGCCUCUCAGUUGGAAAUGCAACAGCAACUCAACCCCAGCAACCCCCUCAAGUUGCGCCUUUGGAUGAGCUUCUACUGGCAUUUGAAGCGCUCCAGGAGCUUGGAUCCCAUUCUGACCACAAACUUUGCCCUGAAACUGAGAGAACUUCAAAAGAGGAACGAGGACAUGUGGAGCCCUGCGUUGCAGAACAUGUGGCAGAGUUUGCCGAAAUCACUGAAAAUUAUACUCCAAAGCCGUUGGUUGUGUUUGCAACACAAAAGGCAGAUGUUGUAUGUGGUCUCGGGAUACAAACUGGAAUUGGGCGCCAACAGCAACUGCAGCAUGUGGCAGAUACAGAGCGAAAACCAGGAUCACUGGCUGCGUUUAAUUAAUUUUUGUGAUGACAGCAGUUUGUUUUUCAUCAACUUGUGGCACUCGAGUGCGGAAGUGGGCAUGUUGCAGAGUAAUCCCAGCUUAAAGGCUUCGAAGUUUUGUGUUUUCAACAAAGUUGGAUAUUUUAAGGAUGCCUCCAAAGCUGAUAUUGAUUGCCAGUGGCAAACCGAACCGCUUGUGAAGUUAUUCGCCUCCCGCUCCCAGGCCCAGGCUCCUGUUGCUCCUGCCGGAGCCGGCUGCUGGAGCCGCCAAUCGCUGCUGCAUAGUUGUAAAAUUCCUGUAAACAAGCCGGGGCUGCCACAGCUGUGGCAUGCGGCAUGUGGCAACUGGCAAGCUUACUCACACAGCCAGCUCUGAGCCACACACUGAUUCAGAUGAUCUUGGCAACAAUUGCUCCAAUGGAUUGGUCUUCGUGGGUUGCCAGAAAAGUUAGCAAGGAUAAGAGGAGAUUUUUGUUGUUUUUUUUAUUUUUAUUCCUUUAUCUUCUUAUUUGUAUAUAUUAUUUUUUAAAUAUUUCCCUUGAGAAUAAUUUAAUUUAUAAACUUUUAAGUCACCCCACUUGGUGGCUUUAUCACGGGGCAGCCCAAGAGUUGUUACCUUUUGUU